CAGCUACGCCCAUGUGCAUGGGUUAGUGCUCUUUUUUCCUUGGUCCCUGAGCGACGCCGUCGUCGCCGCCAGCAUCAACGAUUGACAAAUACUUGAAACGCCUUUGGGAAGGCACCCUUGCGCUCUGCCAUCCCAUGGCUGCGCUCGUCCAGCGGGCUUCGUUCAAAUUUGACUGGGCUUAUGCAGAAGAUAUUCCUGGCACCCGAUGUGGACCUGACGACGGACCGUGGCCACGGUCGUAUCAGGUGCUGAACGAGGGCGAGGUAUGGAAGGAGCUGAGAAUAUUGGCGAAGCCACAGAGCGUAGCACUUGGCAAGGGACGGGCUGACAGCGUCAAUUUCCAGCCGUCACCGUCAACUCGUACACAGGAUCGAUAUGUCGUGAAGAAGCUGCGCGUAGGGGACCGUGACUGGUCACUGACCGGUGUCUUUGACGGUCAUCUGGGUGACGUUACAGUCGAGCACGUUUCUUAUCAUCUUCCCAUUAUCGUUGCCGAGUUCCUACAGAACGCGUAUAAAGCUGACCCGACGCGGCUCGAUGACCCUGCAUUUAUAUCGGACUUGUUUUCGCGCUCGAUUGUCGCCUUUGACGAUGCCAUCGCCGGAGACGUGUUGGAUCUCUUUGGCGGCAUCGAGGGCCUCGCAGAAUACUCUGAUGCCGAUAUACGCAGAGUCAUCAACGAUCACCAUCAAGGAGGUACAAAUUUCAGGAAAGCACGGCUGAACAUGUACGGAACAACCGCCCUUGUCGCCUUGGUUGACCCUGAUCAUGGUAACCUCUGGGUGGCCAACCUGGGCGACUGUCAGGCAACCCUGGUUACGCAAACCGACCCCAACGUGUGGGACAUCAAGGUCCUGACUACGGAACACAACGGAUAUAAUGAUGCUGAGAUCGAACGUGUUCGUCGGCAACAUCCAAACGAACCUGAGUGUGUCAUCGACGGUCGUGUCCUCGGCGCACUGGCGCCUUUCCGUUGCCUAGGCGAUACACCGUUCAAACAGCCACCGGAGUUUACCCGACGGAUCCUCUACAACCUAUCCCCGGGAUUUCCAGAUACCUCUCCUUGGGAAGAAUUUCUAGUACGCAACCGCACGCCACCGUACAUAUCUACUGAGCCCGAGAUUGUACACACGCAACUCGGGGUCGAUUCUCGUCCAGAGCGCCCGAGAUUUCUCAUCCUGUCCUCCGAUGGUUUUGUUGACUUGUGCGGUAAUGAAGGACAGGAAAAGAUUGUCAGAGACUGGGCGCAAGGCAUGCAGAAUAUGUCAACGGAUGAGGAAACUCACCCUGGUUCAGAGAACAUGGCGCUGAGGCUUUUGCGCCGGGCGCUCGGUGGCGAAGACAGGUUUAAAGUGUCGAAGGUUUUGACACUCAACAUGGACGUGGCAUGGAUUGACGAUACGGCUAUCGUCGUUCAAACAUUAUAAUUUUGCGCAUCGUAAGGUCUCUUUCUGGAUUUCUCUCUGAGGGCAUUUUUGUUGUUGAUACUUAUUCCUUUCGCUCGCACGCACACACAUCAUUCUAGCAUACCCACUCAACAUUCUUAAUCUUGGCAUACCGUACAUUUCGCAUAUUCCCCUGUUGUUUUAGUUUUGUUUUUACUUGCUGUGUCCAACUGCUUUGUCUCGUGGUGUAUCUAACGAAUUAUCGUUCUCCAUUCUGUCCAUCGUUUAAUGAAAUAGCUAAUCA